UUCAAUUAUUCUCUGCAUCCUCUCUGUUUUUCUUGCUAAGAAAUUCACUAGUAAAUUUCAAAUUGCAGAUCUCUCUUUUUUUCUGUAAAUGGGGAAUUGCUUCUCCGCCUCAUUAAGUUUGGAUGAACCGGUGCAGAAAGUCUUUGAAUGGCUAGUUGAGAAAAGAGGUUAUACUCAUAAUCUCGUCAAUAAUCUCGUGGAUUUGGAGGCAACCAUGGAAGAACUCAAGGCUAAACGGGAUGAUUUGUUAAGAAGGCGCAAAAGAGAGGAGGAUAUAAGUCCACUAAUGCUUGAAAAGUUCCAGGUAUGGCUUAAUACAAUUGAGACUAUCGCAGAUAAAGUCAAUGGUAUAGUUAAUGAUAGAAAUAUUGAACGUCAAAGUUUUAUAUCGAGAUACCGUUACGGGGAAAGUGUUUUCUUGACGUUGAAAAAAGUUGAGAAACUCAAAAAUGAAGAUUUUGAAGUGAUUGCUGUAACACAUGAGGUGAAGGAGCUACCUCUUCAACCGACAAUUGUUGGUCAAGAAAAAAUGCUCGAGAAGGCAUGGAAUCAUCUCAUAGAAGAUGGAGUUGGUGUUAUGGGUUUCUACGGUAUGGGCGGUGUAGGGAAGACAACUCUUCUCAAACAGAUCUACAAUAAAUUCAGUAACGAUAGACGGGGAUUUGAGCACGUUAUUUUGGUUGUGGUGUCAAGAGACUCACAGAUGGAGAAGAUUCAAGAUGAUAUCGCUCAUGAAGUUGGUCUUAAUAGAGAGGAGUGGAAACAAAAGGAUAAAAGUCAAAAGGAGGUUUGUUUACACAAUUUCUUAAAGGAAAAGAGAUUCGUGUUGUUUUUAGAUGACGUAUGGAAGAAGGUGGAUUUAACUGAGAUCGGAGUUCCGGAUCCAAGAUCACAAAAAGGAUGUAAAUUGGCAUUUACGACUCGUUCUCAGGAAGUAUGUAGGCGCAUGGCGGUUGAAAAACUUAUGGAAGUUCGAUGUUUGGAGGAAAAUGAAGCAUUUGAUUUGUUCCAAAAGAAGGUUGGAGAAACAACACUUGGAAGCAAUCCGGGAAUCCUCGAACUUGCAAGUAAAGUUGUUAAAAAAUGUUGUGGCCUACCAUUGGCUCUCAACAUCAUAGGGGAGACUAUGUCAUGCAAGGAGACAGUAGAAGAAUGGCGUAACGCUAUAAAUGUUUUGAAUUCAUACGCUGCAGAGUUUGAUGGCAUGGAGGAUAAGGUCCUUCCGCUUUUGAAAUUUAGCUAUGAUAGCCUUAAAGGGGACCAUGUCAAAUCGUGUUUGCUAUAUUGCGCGUUAUUUCCAGAAGAUGCUGUAAUUCGGAAAAAAGAAUUGAUAGAGUACUGGAUAUGCGAGGAAUUCAUAGAUGGAAGUGAAAGUAUAGAAAGGGCUGAGGACAAGGGUUAUGAGAUUAUUGGUAGUCUUGCCCGCGCAUCAUUGUUAAUGGAGGGGGUUGCUUACGAUGGAGAAGCUUUUGUGUUUAUGCACGAUGUUGUUCGUGAAAUGGCCUUAUGGAUCGCUUCUGAACUGGGAAUACAAAAAGAGGCAUUCGUUGUGAGUGCAGGUGUUGGGUUACUUGAAAUUCCAAAGGUUAAGAAUUGGAACGUUGUGAGAAGAAUGUCGUUAAUGGAUAAAAAGAUUCAUCUCGAUGGCAGCCCUGAAUGUAUGGAACUCACAACUUUGCUCCUGAGAGUGGGAGGAUAUGAAAGAGGAAACUGGAGAGAUUGGGAAAAGAUGAUAGAACUGUUAGUGAUCUCGAUUGGAUUGAAAAAGAUCUCGAGUGGAUUGGAAAUCUCGAGUGAAUUCUUCAAUUACAUGCCAAAGCUAGUUGUUUUGGAUCUAUCGCGUAAUCGAAGUCUCUCUGAAUUGCCAGAAGGAAUAUCAAAUCUAGUUUCCUUGCAAUAUCUCAACUUGACAGAAACCAGUAUACGCUGUUUGCCAAAGAAGGUACUACAAGCGUUGAAAAAACUAAUUCACUUGGAUUUGGAGUAUACAUCAAAGCUUGAAAGUAUUGUUGGGAUAUCAGAUCUGUGUAGUUUGAAAGUUUUGAAAUUAAGUGGAACUCAUUUACCAUGGGAUCUCGACACAGUGAAGGAGUUGGAAACUUUGGAACAUUUAGAAAUUUUAACCAUAAUUUUCAAUGUUACUCCAAGUCUGGAACGUUUUUUGAGCUCUCCUAGGCUGAAGAGUAUUACACGAUCUCUAGUGAUCUGGGAUGAAGUUGUAUCAUCACCAAAUAGAAAUCUUGAAUCAACUGGGAUAUCACUUUCAGGAUCUAUUGACAAGCUUCGGGAAUUCAGUAUUGUGAGGUGCCGUAUCCCUGAGAUAAAGAUCGGAAGAAUAUGCAGCUUCUUGAGCCUUGUCAGAGUGUAUAUAACAGAUUGUGAUAGCUUGAAGGAAUUGACGUUUCUGAUGUUCGCUCCAAAUCUUAGAGUUCUUAAUGUUCGGGAUGCAAAAGACAUGGAAGAUAUAAUAAACAGAGAGAAAGCUUGUGAAUGGGAAGAAUCGGUGAAUAUUCCUUUCCAAAAGCUGAAUGAAGUUUAUUUAGGUAAUCUACCACAGCUGAAGAAUAUAUAUUGGAGUCCUCUACCAUUUCCAUGCCUAGAGAAAAUCGAAGUAAGGAAUUGUCCAAGUCUGAAAAAGCUUCCACUUGAUUCCCAAAGUGGCAAGCAAGGUGAAAAUGGAUGCAUCAUACGCUACACAUCUCCACGAUGGAUUAAAGGUGUGCAAUGGGAAGACGAAGCUACCAAAAUACGAUUCUUAUCUUCAUGCAAAAAGAUUUAAUUAUAGGAGGAUCGAUUCUAGGAGAAGGAGACCCAUGCUUAUUUACUAAGGGAGGUUCAUAAUGUCGUCGAUCGUUCGGGUUAAUUUGUUCCAAAUCAAAACUUUCUAUCUUUUUAUUAUAAUACUAUGUAUUGCAUUAUGUGAAUAUGAUUUCUAAUAAUAUUGCAAAAAAAUUGUUGAAACUAAUGAUGAUUUGAAUCCUUAUAACAUUGUGACAAUCA